AUGCGCAUCCCUAUUGCCUUGCAGCUGGGGCUGCUGGUCCUUGUGACCGCCCUAGUGGGCCUGGCCAUUCUGUCCAUCGCUACUUGGGUGAAUAGCCACAAUUUCGUGGUUGAUGUCCAAUCCGAAGGACUCGAGCUGGUCGCAACAAUCAAAGCCAGUCAGAUCUCUUCCAAUCUCGAGCUUCUCGAAUCGACGUGCAAAACCAUCGUCAGUCGACUGCUGAUUCAAGGUGCUCUGGGCCGGUUUUACAAUGGGAACUCGAGUGAUUCGAACUGGACCACGUCCGUCACGGAUGUGCAGUCGGCCAUGGGCAGCAAUAACUAUCUGGACCUCUAUCAAGCCAUCAUUUUCUCUCGAAACGGUCAAGGAAAUCGCCACGGAUUGCUCAACGUCACUGCGAAAGAUAUUGCCGAUAUCACUCUUCCCUACAGCUACCCGAACGGCUCGGCUGUCAUGCUAGGAGAUGAGGGACUGGGUUAUCCCCCCGCGCUCUACCCCAAUCUCACCUAUUCCGCCGCCUCCGACGGAAGCAACACAACCGAUGUGUAUGCCUUUGCGGAUUACAAGCUUGGACUUGACACCGCUCUUCUUCUUGGGCCGCUGCCGAUCAACAGCUCCUUUUCCCUCGUUUCAGUCACAGUUCCCAUCAUCAAUAAUACUUCGGCCACUGACAUUCUUGGAUACAUGACGGUCGUCGCCAGUGCCGCCAAUCUGCAGGCCACGAUCAACUCCCGCGAUGGCAUGGGCAAUACCGCUCAGAUUCUCCUGCUCGGUCCAGCGCGGGCAGAGAAUCGGUUCGCCCCGGACGCCUACCCGGCCACAGCGACCUCGGCUCCAGAAGUUGAAGGACUUUCCCACGCCGAGGUUCACUACCUCUUCGAGCCCACUCCACUUCCCGGCCAGAGCAGCAGGCACGGCGGCAAUAUGAGCAUGAACAGCUUUGCCCUGUCCAAGUAUCCGCUGGCACUGAAGCUCAUGUCUAAACCGUGGGCGCUGUCCAAUGACUCGAUCAGCGAUUUGUCCACCAGAAACGAACACGGAUACCAGGUUGCGGUCGGCGCAAUCCGGCCUAAGUCGCAGAUGGCGCAGUGGAUUCUGCUGGUGGAGGAGGCACAGGGAGAGGCAUUCGCCCCUAUCAACAAGCUCAGGAAAAUCAUUCUGGCAUGCGUCUUUGGAACAAUGGGCUUCAUCAUCUUGAUCGUCCCUCUGCUCGCCCAUCUGGCCGUGGCACCGAUUCGCCGGCUGAGCGAGGCCACUCGCAUGUCGAUCGAGCCCCCGUCACAGUCUCCGCAUAGUCGCCCUCCGUCCACUGGACCGUACAUUGUAGGGGCCAACGAGGCGGAGAUUGAGCCCCGUACCUUUGACGAUCACCUGGAUGAGAAGGGAAGUUUCAUCGCUUGGGUGAAGCAUUUCCGCCGAAAGGACCGGCCCAACAGCGCACACAGCGGUGGCAGUCGCAACCACGCCAGAAAUUUCCAGAUUCCGGGCAGAGUAAAGGAACGCAAGCAUCUCGUCACGGACGAACUGACGGAGCUGACCAGCACUUUCAACGAGAUGUCGGACGAGCUUUCCAUCCAGUACAAUCGGCUCGAAGAAAGAGUGGCGGAACGAACGCGCGAGCUGGAAGCCGCCAAGUUGGCCGCGGAGACUGCCAACGAGAGUAAGACAUUGUUCAUCGCCAAUAUUUCCCACGAGCUCAAGACCCCUUUGAAUGGGAUUCUAGGCAUGUGUGCAGUGUGCAUGGGCGAAGACGAUCUUCCUCGGAUCAAGAAGUCCUUGCAGGUCGUUUACAAGUCGGGCGAUCUCCUAUUGCAUCUCUUGAAUGACUUGUUGACUUUUAGCAAGAACCAAAUCGACCAGGCAAUUCGUUUGGAAGAGAGGGAGUUUCGAUUGUCGGACAUCCGGUCUCAAUUGACGGUCAUUUUCCAGAAUCAGGUUCAGGAAAAACAGAUCGACUUCAACGUCAACUUUGUCAGUGGCGACGCCCUUCCGUCAAAGGGCGAUGGCUCACAGGAGAAGCCGUUCCUGACGUCUCAUCCCGCGUUUGGUCCACCAGGAACCGGCAGGCUGAGGGACAUGGUAUUAUGGGGUGAUCAGCAUCGUAUCCUUCAAGUUCUGAUCAACCUGGUCAGCAACAGUCUCAAGUUCACACCCGAGCAUGGCAAGGUCGAGGUUCGCAUCAAAUGCGUGCGGGAAGUGGAAACCCCGGGCAGUCCCAGAACCUCGAUACAGGACUCUCGACGCAAUUCGCGCCUGCGAUCCCGACCUACGUCGCAUGCCAGUUCUCAGCCCCGUGACCCCAUGGACGUCCUGGUUCAGGAAGAAUACCACACUCCUGUGCUUUCGCAGUUGCGGACUCUGAUCUUCCAGUUUGAGGUGGAAGAUAACGGUCCUGGCGUCGCCCCCCAUUUACAGAAGCGGGUCUUCGAGCCCUUCGUACAGGGUGAUCUCGGGCUCAACCGGAAGUAUGGAGGCACAGGAUUGGGGCUCAGUAUCUGCGCGCAGCUCUCUCGCUUGAUGAAUGGAACGAUUACCCUUGAAAGUGAGCAGGGCAAAGGCGCCUUGUUUACCGUGGAGAUUCCGUUGAAAUUCGUCAAAGAGGCAUCGCCUAGUACACGCAGUUCUAGUAUUACUGGCUCGCGGACAUCGAGCGUCCUCUCGCUUGACGAUCUUGCCAGUCUCGCGCGGCCACCGUCGAACAAUGGCUCUGUUCGAAGCGAUCCGUUGACCAGCAAUUUCGACAAGCAGGAUCUGCAACCUCGACUUGUCGGAUUCAGUCAGCCAUUCUUUACCCCGACGCCGUCAUCCCCGGCAUCUUCGAAUCCAAAGGUUUCUGCUGCUGAUGGAGUGAAACCCGAAGUAGAAGAUAGUUCGUCUGGCAAGGUGCGCGUAUUGGUGGCUGAGGAUAACGUUGUGAACCAGGAAGUGGUUCUUCGAAUGCUUCGAUUGGAAGAAGUAUAUGAUGUAACGGUCGUCAAAGACGGCCAAGAAGCCUACGACACAGUCAAGGCGAAUAUGGAAGAUGGCAAAGUAUUUGACCUUAUCUUCAUGGACAUUCAGAUGCCCAACCUCGACGGCCUACAGAGCACCCGUCUCAUCCGGGGCAUGGGCUACUCGGCGCCUAUUGUUGCGCUGAGCGCUUUCUCGGAAGAAAGCAAUAUUAAAGAUUGCAUGGACUCGGGCAUGGACAUGUUCAUCAGUAAACCGAUCCGACGGCCUGCCUUGAAACAAGUUUUGAAUAAGUUCGCGACGAUUCCGGAAGAACCGGAAAAUUAG